AUGGGUGUCUUCCUAGUCGAAUUUGGUACUGACUAUAUUGUCGUUGGUGGCGGGACCGCCGGCCUGGUCGUGGCGAGCCGGUUAUCCGAGAUUCCCACCGUUCAGGUCCUCGUCUUGGAGGCUGGGCCCGACAAGACCUCAGAUCCCCAGCUGCAAAAUCCAGCGUCAUGGCACGCUCUCUGCGGCACCGGCCUCGAUUGGCAAUUCAAAACGGUGAGCCAGACGGGCCUGAACAACCGCGAACAAGAUCUCCCCGCAGGCAAGGUUCUGGGUGGCUCCUCUGCCAUCAACGGGGCGGCCUUUCUACCUCCCUCGCCUGCUGGAAUCGACACGUGGAGCAGGCUAGGCAACUCGAAGUGGUCUUGGAAGGAUCUAUUGCCGUAUUUGCGGCGAACCUUUACGCUGACCACUCCUCGUGGGAUUCCUCUCUCUGAAGUUGGUCUGAAUGAGCAAGUGCAUACAGGGGCCGGUGGGCCCAUCCAAGUCACCUAUCCUGCUCUAGCGGAGAAGGCAAACCAUCCGCUCAUUUGGGCCUGGAAUAAAGUCUUUCAAGAGAAGGGCUAUGGGUUCCAGCCCGAUUUGAUCCUUGAAGGAUCUACUGUAGGCGCCCGGCCACACACUGCUACGGUUGACCCAGAUAUCGCGGCCUCGAGAAGAAAGAUCGACCCAACCUUCACGAAUGAGGUCAUCCUGGCCGCCGGAGCCUUCCAGACACCCAAGCUUCUCGAAAUCUCUGGAAUCGGCAGCAAAGCCGUACUUGCCCGCUAUGGUAUCACACCCAUCAUAGACAAUCCCGGAGUUGGCGAGAACUUACAGAACCAUUCGAUGUAUGUCCAGCCCGUCGGGCUGAAGCCCCAAGAAGGCACCGUCACCGCAGGGCUGCAAGCCUUGGCCUUUGUUCGAACUGGUGAAGAAGCCCAUCUCGCUGCAAGAUAUCUCUCUCCCACAGACCCUGAAAAUGUGAUCUGCGAUAAUAUCUUGAGAAAUUCGGAAGAAGCUUCCGCCAACUUCUUUGUGAGCACCAGGCCAGCCGGCAACGUCGCCCUCCUGGGCUUGAUUCAGUGCUAUCCCUUGUCCAGAGGUAGCAUUCAUCUUAGCAGUGGUAUAGAUGACCCUGACAGUAAACCCGAGGUCGAUCCACGCUUUUACUCGAAUCCAGUGGAUAUUGAGCUUAUGGCUAGGCACUUACAAUCCCUUUUCCAGGUCGCUGCGUCUCCCACCCUGCAGCCCUUCUUGGAUUGCUCGGCAGUAAAAGUGCCCGAGGAUUUAGAGGCAGCUAAGACUCUUCUCCGCGCAUCGGCUCUCACUACCCACCACUCAUGUGGCACAGCUGCCAUGUUGCCUCGUGAACAGGGUGGGGUGGUCGAUCAAGACUUGAAAGUCUAUGGGACAAAGAGCUUGAGGGUCGUGGAUGCUAGUGUCUUCCCAUUGAUCCCGUAUGGGAACCCAAUGGCGACCGUGUAUGCGGUUGCUGAGAGGGCAGCCGAUCUGAUUCAAUCAACAGUGGAUAAGAAGUAA